AUGUCGCUCAACCACGCCGUCGCCGACGGGACCACGCUCUGGCACCUGUUCAACACCUGGUCGGAGAUCAGCCGGACGAGGGACGGCUGUGAGCUUUCCACACCGCGGCCGGUGCUGGACAGGUGGUUCCUCGAGACCAGCCCGGUGCCCAUCGCUCUGCCCUUCGGCAAGCUGGAGGACAUCGUCCGGCGGCCCGUGUACCUGCCGGUGCGGGAGUGUUUCUUCCACUUCUCAGCCGAGAGUGUGAAGAAGCUAAAGGAGAAAGCGAACGCCGAGAUGGCCGGCACGGCGACGGCGACGGCCACGGUGUCGUUUCUGCAGUCCCUGCUCGCGCACCUGUGGCGAACGUCGUGUCGGGCCCGGGAGCUCGCGCCGGACCGGGAGACCACGUACACCCUCCUCGUCGGGUGCCGGGCACGGAUGAAGGGGAUUCCACAAGAGUACAUGGGCAAUGCCGUGACGACCGCCGUCGCCAGGUCGACGGCCGGCGACGUGGUGAGCAAGGGGCUGGGGUGGGCGGCGUGGCUCCUGAACCGCGCCGUGGCGGCGUUCGACGAGGCGAGCGUGAGGGACGACCUCGCGUCGUGGCCUCGGGAUCCCAGGUUCCUCUACGUGCCGCAGCCUACCAGGGAGGAGGACCCCGCGACGGUCAUCACCGGGAGCUCGCCGCGGUUCGACGUCUACGGCAACGACUUCGGCUGGGGCCGGCCGGUGGCCGUCCGCAGUGGCGCAGGGAACAAGAUGGACAGGAAGGUGACCGUGUACGAGGGGCGCGACGGCGGGGGAAGCAUGGCGCUGGAGGUGUGUCUGGCGCCCAAGGCGCUCGCCAGGCUCGUUGCCGACGAGGAGUUCAUGGAGGCGGUGAGCGCCGCAGUGGCGUGA